CGCCGAGCCGCGGCGGGCUGGUUCAGUGAAGCGGAGGCAGCGGGGGAAGAUGGCGGCGGCCGUUCCGCAGCGGGCUUGGACCGUGGAGCAGCUGCGCAGCGAGCAGCUACCCAAGAAGGACAUUAUCAAGUUUCUGCAAGACCACGGCUCAGACUCGUUUCUUGCAGAACAUAAGUUAUUAGGAAACAUUAAAAAUGUGGCUAAGACAGCUAACAAGGACCAUUUGGUAACAGCCUAUAACCAUCUUUUUGAAAGUAAGCGUUUCAAGGGCACUGAAAGUGUAAGUAAAGUGUCCGAGCAGGUGAAAAAUGUGAAGCUUAAUGAAGAUAAACCCAAAGAAACCAAGUCUGAAGAGACUCUGGAUGAGGGUCCACCAAAAUACACAAAAUCUGUUCUUAAAAAAGGAGAUAAAACCAACUUUCCCAAAAAGGGAGAUGUUGUCCACUGCUGGUAUACAGGAACAUUACAGGAUGGCACUGUUUUUGAUACUAAUAUUCAAACAAGUUCAAAGAAGAAGAAAAAUGCCAAGCCUUUAAGUUUUAAGGUUGGAAUAGGCAAAGUUAUCAGAGGAUGGGAUGAAGCACUCCUGACCAUGAGUAAAGGAGAAAAGGCUCGACUGGAGAUUGAACCAGAAUGGGCUUAUGGAAAGAAAGGACAGCCUGAUGCCAAAAUUCCACCAAAUGCAAAACUCAUUUUUGAAGUGGAAUUAGUGGAUAUUGAUUGAAAUAGCAAUGCUUCAGAUCUAAAGACAUCAGCAACAAUAAAACAUGGCCUUGAAGAAACUUAUGUAACUAAUUAGAGCUGGUUACUAUCAUAAGGGAAGAGUCAACUGGAAAAUUCAAAGUUAGGACUUGUUUACUUGAUCCCCAACUGUUAAGAAACGUAAUCCCUUAUAUAUCCCUGAAGUUUAAAAUAUUUUACUACAGAUGGGUAAAACAUUGGUUAAGGAGAAGUGAUUUUCCUCUUAACCUCAUGUUGUGUACUAUAAGGCUCAAUAAAAUUAAUCCAGUGUCUUGA